CUCUCAGCCAGAGCGUCCGCCGCCGCUGAGCGUGUCUGUGCGCAUGCACGGAGCCAAAGUGCAGACACGAAGCUGAGCCGCGUCCCUCCGGAUUCUCCGGAAACCGCAGGAUUUUUGACUUUUACGCUUGUUUGUUUGUAAUUUUUUUUUCUAACAUCUGUCUAUAAAAACAACAACAAGCUGCCAUCAUGUCUCGGAUUCCUGAAGGUGUGAACAAGAUCACAGAAAGUGCAUAUAAGAAUGUGAUGGAGCAGUUCAACCCAGGUCUGAGGAACCUGGUCAACCUGGGAAAGACCUAUGAGAAAUCGGUUGCAGCCAUGACUCUCGCCGGACGGGCGUAUUUUGACGCCGUUUCGAGGCUGGGAGAAGUCGCCAUCGUCUCUCCAGCCUCCAGAGAGCUCGGGGUUGUUCUUAUGGAAAUUGCUGAAGCCCAUUUGAUGAUCCACAAUGAACUUGAUGAGAACUUCAAGCGGUUCCAUAAAGAGGUUCUUUCAGAACUGGAGAAGAAAACGGAGGCCGACACGAAGUACAUGACGGCCACCUUCAAGCGCUACCAGACGGAGCACAAACUGAAGCAGGACUCCCUGGACCGCUCUCAGACCGAACUGAAGAAGCUGAGGAGGAAGACCCAGUCCAAGCACUCCUCCAAGUACGACCAUAAGGAGAAUGAGUAUUUGGAGACCAUUUCAUCCCGACAAAUGGAAAUGCAGAAGUUCAUUGCAGAUGGUUGUCGAGAGGCCCUACUGGAAGAGAAGAGACGUUUCUGUUUCCUUGCAGACAAGCACUGCGUGUUUUCCUACCAGAUUGGCAACUUCCACGACAAAGCCAAGGAGGUUCUAUCAGAAAACAUUCCGAGGUGGCAGGAGAAAUGCACCGACAUCAACAAAGUACCAGAAGGUCUGGCAACAAUGAUAAACGGGCUUUCUGUUAUUCCGGAGCAAACACCCAAGGCUGACCACCCCACAAGGAAUCAUGUGAGGCCCAUGUCACCUCCCCCAGCGCCGCCUUUGAAGGCUCACGUCAGUCCACUGGCCAACAUGUUUUACCCGCAGCGCAUGUCCUCCUCAGACCUCAACUCAGAUCUGGGUAGCAUUGGUGAGGGCUCUUUGUCCAGGUCCACAUCCCAGUCAUCUGGACUCAGUGUUAGCCAAAAAGUCAGAGUCAGAACCAUCUUUCCCCACACAGCGGGAAACAGCGACACGCUGCUCAGCUUUGACCAAGGAGAAAUAAUAUCUUUGCUCAUGCACGACGAGCAGGACGGCUGGCUGUACGGAGAGCUGGAGAGGACUCAGCAUCGAGGGUGGUUUCCAUCAUCUUACUGCAGACCCUACCAGGAGCAGCUAACAUCUAACAGCAAUCUGAGCACGCCGGUGCGGAGUCUGAGCGAAUGCAGUCUGCCAGAGGAGGAGGACGACGAUGUAUAUGACGCUGUGCUGCUGCCUCCGCCAGACUACAGCGACGACGUCCCCUUCAGCCCGGUGGUCCCCAUGAACCCCCCAUCGAACAACAAAGUUUCUAUGACGAACGGAACCGCAAAAGUCACUUUUCUCGGAGAAGGGAAUCCAUUCGCCACAGUCAAGCUGAGGCCGACUGUCACCAAUGACAGAUCAGCUCCAGCCAUCUGAAGCAGAGCCGGGGAGGAUCUUUCACCGCUUUUGGGCCUUCGGAGGACUGAAACUCUGAGCUAUGCUCUGAAAACCUCCUCAGAAUCAACACCUGAUUGUUAGUCUUUCAUUCAAAGAAUUGCCAUUACCCCCUUAAAACAAAAUGUUGCUCAAUCUUAUGUAGAAACAGUGAGAAGCUUUAAGUAAAAAACAAAAAGUUUGUUGACAGUUGCCAGGUUUGUGUUAUAAAAGUCACUCCAGAAUGACGUUUUGGACUUUUGGACCACAAUAAAAAGAUGGAAAAAGAUAACGCCAUGCCAAAGCGUUCCUGUCAGCCAACAACCAGCAGUAAAAGGAAGAAAAAAAUAUUUUGCCUUGCACAAGUGCAUCAUUUGGUUGUCAAAUGUUCACGUCAUGCGCAUUGUGAAUAAACACAAUGUGCACACACAAUGUGCAUGAGCUUAACAGCUUUCUAAAAGUCAAGCACAGGAACAGAACAUUCAAGUAGCUUUGGGCUCAUGAUUCUUAUUUAUUUGCAAAUAAAAGAAAGUUUUAUGGUAAAAAAAAAAAAUCAUGAAGGGAAUUGUAAAAAGAAAACAACGUUCAGUUUAUUUUGUUCUUUUUUGUAUAUUUUAAAAGACAUUGUGAUACACGAAGGUGGUUAAAAUGAAGGGAGAGUGUGUUGUUGGAAAGGGUUGUAGAUAAGAACUAUUUAUAUUGAGGAAGUUUUUAUGGACAAAGCUCUUCACCCCACCUUGAGCCAUACACAACACCGAGAUUGAGUAUUCACUUAUUGGUAAAAAUGACCUUUUAUUGUAAGGAAGUUAUUACGCUUUUCACUUUUUCAUUGCGUUUUUUGUGCAAAAAACAAAUUAAGGCAUCAAUUGCAGUUUAUCGGUAGACAUGUGUUUGCGAAUAAUGUGGCUAGCAGUAUGAAAAUGCUUUUUUUUGCAAUGUUUUCCUAUAUGAUAAAGCUGAUUAAUCAAACUGCUUGUUGAUCACACAAAUUAAUGUAAGCCGUCGUGCUGAUGUUGCUAAAGCGCCUUGCCACUGUGUUUACCUGCCAGUCAAAACACAAUAAAGUCUAUAUAAAGUCAA